AUGUCUAAAUUUAAUGCUUUGAAUCAGGACCUUCACGAUGAAGAAUUUGAAGUUGAUGGUCAUUCACGAGAACUACAAGUGGAAGAAGGGUUUAAGACGUUUCAGACUGCUCUGCAGUUUUUAAGAAAUAAAAAAUAUGAUGAUGCUUCCGAUAAAUUUGAUGAACUAUUUCAAAUGGCAAUUUUAAAGGCUGAUAAAUGGGGCUUGUAUCAGUUCUCAUCACCAACUUUAGAUAGUCUCCGUUAUCUGGCGUUUAGGAACCGUGGAAUGUUUUAUUAUUCAUAUUUAAUCGAUGAAUAUGCAUCAAUGGAAACUGAUGAAAUUGUUAAUUACAUACUGAAAGUGGUAGAAGAUUUAUUGGAGUCAAUGCAACAUAGUUAUGCUGAUAGUUCAGUCACUGAGUUAUUAUUAAUGAUAUUUAGAAGUUUUAGAAGCCGUAAAUUAGAGCGAUUAAUUAUUGAAUAUGAACUGAAGAAACCAGAUAAUCAAUUCCUAACAUUGGAGCGUUUAAAUAAAAAUAAAAUCCUUCCAAAAUUGAAGAAUGUACUGGAUAGAUAUACAAUACUACUAAAUAAUUUGCAUGAUACGAAAACAAUUGAAACCUCAACGAUAAUAAAGGACAAUAACAUAAAUCUAAGCAGCACAUCUGAAUUCAAUAUAGUUUUGAACAAGAUUAAUCAGAUGAAAACCCAAGAUGAUAAAGAAAUGAAGAAAUUGGAUAGAUUUGAAGUUAAUAUUAAAAAUAUGAGUUGGGACGAUAUUUUAGGAUCAUUCAAAAGUCUAGUAGUGCAUAUGAAGUCAACUAAUAUGUUGCUAAGAGAUUAUGAUACCUAUGCAGAAACAGAAUACCCAAUUGAAGCAAUUAAAUUUAAUUUAUCUGACAAGGCGCUAAUAAACUCUGAUACUUCUCUAACAAUGCAAAAGAAUGAUGUUUCUGAUGAAAAGGAAGAAAUUGCUUCCAUAAACGCUACAAAUAAAAGUGAACCGGAUUCCUCUCUUAUACCAGAGACAAAGGAUAAUGAUAAUAUCGAUUUUGAAAUCGAGGGAACCAAUAAAAAUAAUGACAGUGUUAAGAAUGAUAAAAAUGAUAAAAAUGAUGAUAUUGACUCAGAUUCUAAUAUUUCAACAGAUGCAGAUAGGCAUAAGAAAAAAAGACAAUCAACUUCUGUAGAAGAUUUAUCAAGGCCAGCACAGAGAGUUAGUAAAAGAGUUAAAAAUGAACAUGUGGUUGAUGAGAAAAAAGUAUUCGAGUUACAUCAAAUCUUUAUAAAUGACUUUUUUUCUUCAUGUUCUAUGAUAAAUAUGGAGUCAUGCUUUAAUAAAGAAGGAUUAGAAUCCAUAAUUCAAGAUGGUAUUUUGCAAUCAAAUAAAACUUAUUACGUCGAUUUUUUUAAUUGUUUAAAAAAUUGGAAUUCAAAGCAUGCUGAUAUUUUUAUUCAAAAUGCACAAGUCCCAUCAAAAAGUAAGAUAGGUGAAUCUAAUACAACGUCACAAUCGCCUGAAUUAACUUCCUUAUUAAAAUACAAUGGAAGUAAUGAAUAUGGAGAAAAGCAAAAUUAUCCUGAAAGAUUAGAAGAUGCUGACCCUUCAAUUCUCGAGAACUUUAUUGGGAAUAUAAAUAGAGGGAAAAUGCACUUCCAAGAAGUUCGUUUUAAAAUUAUUGAUGCACUUUUAUCAAAAAAAAAUGAACAAGAAAGAAUUAUUAUAUCACAUCUAUGGUCUAAAAGUUUAUAUCAAAAUCUCGAAUGGCUUUUAUCCUCAGUUGAAAGUAGUAUGUUUGAAUUCGUCAAAACUUCUUUCAACGAAAAUAAAUAUUUAAUCCUUUCAAUCAUUGAAGUUUUAAUAAAUAUGUCGGGUUCAAUUAAUGACGAAAUCAAUCAUAAGACACUACAAGGUACUAAAGUUAACGAAUUAAAGGUUAAUAAGUAUAAACUUCAGGCAAAAAUUAAUAAAUGGAUUCAAUUAGCAGAAAAUAUUGAUUACACUGAUGACAUACUAUGGAAUGUCGAAUUUUUAUGGUCAAAAUUUUGUUUUUUCCAAUUUUGUGAAGACUUCUCGAAUAAAGAUAUGAUUAACUUAUGUACAAAAAUAGAAAAACAAUUGUCGAACUAUGAUAAGAAACUCUACAUAGUAUACCCAAAUUAUAAUUACAUAUCAUGUCUUAGCCGUGAUUUUGUUAAAUCUAAUAUUAAGAAAAUAAGCAUUAUCGACAAGUUAACCAUUAUCGAUUCUUAUAGUGACAAUUUUAACACUGAAACUGAGUUUAAACAUGAUGGGAAUAUGUUACAGUUAGAAAAGGUUUUAUUAAGGGUUGAUGGUGAGCAAGCAAGGGACAAUGAUGAUAAAGAGAUCAUAUCAUUUAUUGAUCAAUCUCCAUUUGUUGUUCAGAUUAAUUUAUGGAAAGUAUUAUUUAACUAUUAUAUUGAUGUUGAAGAUAUACAAAAAUCAAUUAAAAUUUAUUUUUGUAUUCUUCAGUUGCUAUUCAAAAAGCUUGAUUCUACUGAGUAUGUGGAUCAUAUGGAGCAAAAUCGCCAUCAGAUGUUACUAUUAUACAUAUCUGAUAUUGAUUAUUUCACUACCAAGGUUGUCAAUAUUCUUUCAACGAAUGCAUGGUCGGAUAUAGGAUAUGAACCAUCAGCAACAGAUUUUAAAGGUAUUUUUGAAAUAUUUUCCAUUUUCUAUUUGGUUUUCUAUUUUGAAACAUCUUCAAAAGUGGAUAGUAGCUUAAAAUCGUUUUUUCAGAGAGCACAUAAGUCAGCGGGAAAAAUGAAAGAUUCGAUAGCUGCAUUAUCGACUUUAAUUUUGUACUUUUUCAAUUCUUCUUGUAUUAAAAUGGUAUCACAUGAAGAAGCUGCUCCAAUAAUAACAAAAAUUGUCUGGAACAUUCAUUCUCUGCUAGGGGAGUUUAAAUCUUGUGAUGCAGCAAGCGGAAACUUUCUAAGAUUUACUGAGAACUUACUUUGUCGAUUCAUUAAUGAUGAUACUUAUUUACAAUUGCUCCAAACGUUGUGGUGUCAUUAUCAUUAUUCUUUAAGCAGUGAUUCUGUAUCCUUUGAAUAUCAUACAACACAGCCGGUUCCAAUAGACAAGGUUAACUCACUACCUUUGGGUACAUAUUUAAUAAAAUUACAAUACUCUGGAAGGAAUCCAUUAUUGGUCAAUAGCAACAAAUCAACGUUGAAACAAGUGCUUGAUAAUAUAAUUAAUACGUUGGAGGACCCUUGCGAUUCUCCAAAUUUCUUCAUCGAAAAUAAUAAAUAUAAAUUGGAUGAAUACCUGUCGCUACCGUUAACAACAGAUUAUUUGAAGAAGUCAUUCAACGGACUUUGCAGCUUACGAUUUUCAUCCCCAAAUGAUGAAUUUCAAGAGGCCAUUGAGAUUGGAUUAUAUUACAUUGCCAGUGUCCAGGCUCUGAAUUUAUACAAACUCCGUAAAAAAUCUAUGCAAGCUCGUCCUUCCGAAUUAGACUCUAUCAUAAAUAUGAUUAAGAUUGAUAUUAUUUAUAACUUCAACAGAUACGAGAGCUGGUACUUAUUAGGUUUAUGUUUUUCAUAUAUUGUCGAAGAUGAUUUAAUGUGGACUUCAGAUAAAUUAAAUGUACCAGAAAAAAAAAAUACAAUAGCUUCAAAUCAAAGGAAAGCAAUUUUAUGUUACUUAAUGUCUAUAAAUGUGUUUUAUCAGAAAAAUGAGGUUGAUAGAGAUGAUAAGAAGGUCAUGAUAAAAGUUUUGGAAGCUUUGGGCAUGGAACUUAUAAUUGGUUUAUAUAAACCUAUGGAUAUGGAAUGCUUCCAAUUCCAAAGAGCACAUAAAUAUUUACAACUUGGUGACGAUGGGGAACUUGCAGAAAAAAUGAUUGUAGAAAUCAAUAGCAUUUCAAGUUUUAACAUCGAACAAGCUGCUUUAUUGUGCUUUAAUAGAUCUAACAAAUUUAGAGAAGCUUUAGUUUCGUCUAAGGACUCUAAGGAAAGAUGGCAGAAUUAUUAUUAUAUUAGUAGACUUUUAUUCAAAAAAGGAAGGCUUACAAUGUUGCACGAUAUUGAGAAAGUUAUUUUGAGAGCUUGUAAGUUAGCUAUGGAUGUCUCGACGCCAAAAGAUUUGAUAGUUGAACCACAUUAUUAUUUAUUAGUUAUGUGUUACAAAUGGGUAAAAUUGAAUGUUUUGAGCCCAUAUAAUGCUCUACAAAUUUUAAGUAAGGAUAUUGGAUUUUUUGAUGUUGAUAAUGACUUUUGGGACAUUGAUAAUAGUAUUUCUAUUGAUUACCAAAAGAAAUCAUUUUAUAAGAAAUCCAUAGAAUUUCUUAGAAUUAUUCAACAAUCAGAUAAACGUAAAUGGCAUCAUCGCCCAACUUAUAGAAUUUCAAAAAUUUUGUUUGAGGAUUUUGGUGAUCUUAAUGGCGCUAUUAAGGAAAUUGAGACAAUGAUGUCUCUCAAGACAAUGAACAAAAAUCUGAUCAAUAUUUGGAAACCUGAUUUUGAAAGACCCGGGAAACAUUUUGUUUAUACUUACCAGUAUAUUACGUUUUAUAUUGAUCUGCUCUUUAUCAAGAAAGAUCAUAUAUCGAUUGGUUUGAUAGCAAAAAAAAUUAGACGAUUUAGCUCUGGUAUGGCAUAUUCUUCCGAGGUGAUCAAAAAGUCAGUAACUACCUAUAUAAGAUGUGUUGCUACAUCUCUUCAUCUUGAUGAAAAAUAUUAUUCUGAGCAAUUUUUACCAAAUUUAAAUUAUCAGGAAUUUAUUGAUAUUAGUAAAGAGGUUCUUCAAGAUUUUGACCCAGAAAAGUAUUCUGCUGAUAUUUUAGAAUCGUUGCAAAUAGCGUAUCAAUUAAAGAGAGGUAACAAUGGUAUUGCAUUUGAUGGAACAUGUUUAUCGAUUUAUUUUAAGUAUUUCUAUCUUCCUUAUCUGGAAGCCCAUCCGAGAACCAAGACUUCUACAGAAAGUCAAAUCGUGCAAUUUGUGUCCCACGAAACUGUAAAAAUUCCUUCAGCAAGUGCAACUUCAAUACAACCUAAACAGAACAAUAGCAGAAAACGUGUAAGUAAAAAAGAUGCUUUCGAAACAAUAAGAACUAUGACUGAAAAAAUACAUUAG